CAGGAAGUGUGACGUUUGGCAGAAAAAGACAAGAAGGCCUGGAUUUUUCAUUCAAUUGUUAUAAGGAACUUUUUGCACUCCGAAAAUGCCGGCCAGACGAAGUCAGCGGGAACCCGCGGCUCCAGCAGCCAAUUCCCGCUCAGAGAUGAGUCUUCGUGGAACUCGCAAUCCGAAUGCCCAGGCUGCAGCACCUCGUGGUCGGGGAUCCGCUAGGGGCAGGAAUGCUCCUGCAUCAACGGCGGCAACUCGUGGACAAAGUGGUGGCCGGGGGGCAAUGGGGGGAAGGAACCUCGCCGAAAUAACAACAAAUCUGGCAUCUCUGGCCAGAGAAGUCAAUCUGCCAACCGCAAGUGGAUCGAACCCACCCGGAAAUGCAUCUGCUACUGGGGCAGUUGGGGGACCAACCAGGACCUUAUCCACCUCUAGACUGCGAAAGGAGUUGGCUAACUUCUACAAGGAGGAAUCAGAGGGAUGCAAAGUGGAACUGGAAAACGAUAACCUCUACCACUGGAUCGCCACUAUCCCAGGACCCUCGGGAACACCUUAUGAGGGCGGCCGCUUCAAGAUGUGGUUAAAAUUUCCCGAUAAUUAUCCCUUCAAAGCGCCAGAUCUUCUGUUCAAAACAAAGAUCUAUCAUUGUAACAUUAAUAUCUCAGGCCUCCUGUGCCUGGACAUUCUCAACUACAAUUGGUCGCCGGCUUUGUCGGUAUCGAAGCUCCUCAUUUCGAUAAUGUCCUUGCUGGCCGAUCCGAAUCCAAACUCACCCCUGAAUGCGGAAGCUGCCAGUUUGUACAGGAAGAAUCGCACUAAGCACGAUGAGAAUGCCCGCAAGUGGACCGAGAAAUAUGCCAAAUAGUUUCGAUUAUUGUGUUCAG